UGACAGCUGCUAACAUUUUCUUAACUGAUGCUUAACUGAUGCACAACACACACAGUACUUGAGGGUUUCUUGAAUCUUUAAGCAUGGAGUGUUGAUAAAGAGUCUGAUGCAUGUGGAGAGGACAGAGUGUGCCAACUUUUUUUCUCUCCUUCUUUUCUCUGUCAUCCCCUACCUUUUCCCCACUGCUGACCAUGGUCAUUUAAGUUGCAUUUUUAUUUUAAUUCCUAGGAAGACUUGUACUGAAAGAGCGGUUUAAUGACCCUUUACCGUUCUCAUGUUGUGGAAUCUCUUAAGAUCUUCUUAAUGAUGGUCAAGACGGGAGAUCUAGGUAUCAAAGUAAGCUUUAUUAAUAAAAAUUUUUGCAUUUCUCAAAUGUAGCCCUGGACACAUAUUUCAAUAAGCCUGUGCUGAGUUUGACAGUUGUUAUUGACUCACCUCUAGCACUAUGGCCCUUCUGGGAGGUGUAGGGUUCACCCAUCUUAACCCUUUAAUUUCCAUUUACAUCUUUCUGCAUGUAUCCAUGACCUACUUGUAGAUUUCUAGUACUUUCCCAUGCUUUCACUUUUAGUCAUGGAAAGCCCCUUACAUACAGAACUGAUAUAUGUUUUAUUCAGUUAGUUUAUAGAGGUUUUCACCAGUAAACAUAUUGAUAUGGAUGGGUUAUUAAAUGGUGCAACAGAUUGCAGCAUAUAGUUACUAUAGUUAUAUCACAUAUUGAAGUUAUUUUAAUAUUGUUAAUUAAUUUUUAUAUAAUAAACAAUUACUUUUUCGGUCCUCUUUCAUUCUGUCUGUUAGACACUCAUGCCUUCAGUGAAAAUGAAACUCAACACUUUUUCCGUUUGCGCGGGCUUUGCUUUGUGGCUUUGUACUUUGCUCUCUGCUUUCAUCAGGACACACUGUUUUUGAUCUCUUAAUAUUCUGUCUGUUUGUGCAGUAAAAUGGAAAAAUCCAAUGUUCCUUUGCUUCAGGAUAAGUUUACGUGUUUGAUCUGUCUGGAUCUACUGAAGGAUCCAGUGGCCAUUCCCUGUGGACACAGUUUCUGUAUGAGCUGUAUUUCAGACUCCUGGGAUCAGGAUGAUCAGAAGGGAGUCUACAGCUGCCCUCAGUGCAGACAGACCUUCACUCCAAGACCUGCUUUAGGUAAAAACCUCAUCCUGACUGAAGUGGUAGAGAAUUUUAGAAAGAGAAAACUACAAGCUGCUGGUCCUGCUCAGUGUAACUCUGAAUCUGUAGAUGUGGAGUGUGAUGUUUGCACUGGGAGAAAAUAUAAAGCUGUGAAGUCUUGUCUGGUGUGUCUGGAAUCUUACUGUCAGACUCACUUUGAUCGUCACGAGGAAUUUCACUCUAAAAAGCGACACAAAGUGACUGAUGCCACUGAACAACUGCAGGAGAUGAUCUGCCCUCAACAUGAGAAACUACUAGAAAUGUACUGCAGAACUGACCAGCGCUGUAUUUGCAUGCUGUGCUUGAUGAAUGAACACAAAACCCAUGAAACUGCAUUGCCAGCUGAAGAGAGAGGAGAGAAACAGAAACAUUUUAAAGAGAAACUUCAGCAGAGAGUGGAGGAGGGACAGGAGGAGCGUGAGGAGCUGAGAGCGGCUGUAGAGUCGCACAAGCGCUCUGCACAGGCAGCAGUGGAGGACACUGAGAGAAUCUUCACUGAGAUCAUAAGCUCCAAUAAGAGAACCCGGUCUGAGGUGAUGCAGAUGAUCAGAGAUCAGGAAAAGGCUUCAGUGAGUGGAGCUGAAGGACGACUGGAGCAACUGGAGCAGGAGAUGAAUGAUCUGAGGAGGAGAAACACUGAGCUGGAACAGCUUUCAUGCACAAACAAUCAUAUCCAUUUCCUCCAGAGUUUCCAGUCUCUCUCUGUUCCUCCUGGAUCUACAGACUCAUCCAGCAUCAGUUCUCAUCCCUCUUUUGAUGAUUUGGUAACAUCUGUCUCCGAGUUGAAAGAGAAACUGCAGCAGACCGUAAAAAUAGCUAAAGAAAACAUGCAUCGAAAAGUGAGAUACAUCAAUGUGAUUCCCACACCAGAAUACAAGAGCAGGAAUGAGUUCCUACAAUAUUACCAGCAGCUGACACUGGACUCAGACACAGCUUAUGAAUGUCUGCGGCUGUCUGAGGGGAACAGAGUGGUGACUAGGAUGAAGAAACCACUGCACUAUCCUGAUCAUCCAGACAGAUUUGAUAGUUUUGCUCAGGUGUUGUGUAAAGAGAGUGUGUCUGGAUGCUGUUACUGGGAGUUUGAGAGGACCGGCAAUGGAAUGUGUGUAUCCGUGUCAUACAAAACCAUCAGCAGGAAGGGACCGGGAAGUGAGUGUAGUUUUGGAUAUAAUGAUCAGUCCUGGAGUUUGUACUGCUCUGACACCAGAUGUUUAUUCAGGCACAAUAGUGAAGAGUCUAAACUCAGAAUAGUGUCCAGCAUGUCUAGAAUAGGAGUGUAUGUGGAUCACAGUGCAGGAGCUUUGUCCUUCUACAGCGUCUCUGACACAAUGAGCCUCAUUCACAGAGUCCACACCACAUUCACUCAGCCGCUCUACCCUGGGUUUGAGGUUUACAGUUUUUCACGUGUAAAAUUGUGUGAUCCACCUACCCUGGGUUUGGCAGUUACGGUGAUUGACAAGUAAUAUUAUGUGAUCAAGCAUAACAGACAAGCAUAUUCAAACUAUCUCAAAAUUCCACACGGUCUUGUCCCUUAAAGACAAGUAUGAUCACAAUGUAAAUUUAGACUUUUGACUCAGAGAGGGCAAUCAUCAAGUAUAGCAAGGUAAAGUUAGUUUUAGUCUUUAACUGUUUAGUUUAGUCUUUAGUCCUACACCAUAGUUGAUUUUCAUUUACAAAUGUUCAAAUGAUCAUAGAAAUGCUGGGAUAAUAGUUUACAUUUUGAAUAUAAAUAUUGAUAUCUACCCUAGCAUUCAAAAUAGAACUUAAAAAAAAACUUGGUUGGUUGAACCAACACUUCUUUCAUGUUGUCGUAAAGCAAAGCAAAAAUACUAAAUCUUCCCAGAUCUCUAUGAAUGUGUCACUAAAUAUUCAUUCAAACUAAGCUUUAAAAAUUGAAAAU